AGGUGCUGAGGUGGGAGCUUUAAGACCUUAGAGAACCACCACUAGGCAGCUGGGGCCAUUUCCUGCUAGCAAAGGGGCUUCUACAAGUCGAUGUAUGCGCAAGGCAGACUUCUAGACAGCCCCUCAGCCAGGCCAAGCUACAGGAUAAAGACCACCUGAUAUCUUUCUGGAAUCCCAGGGGAAUGUGAUGGCAGUCUUCAGGACAGUGACCCUGCUGUGCCUGGCCUUACUGCUCUCCUCCUCAGAAGCCAUGAGUUUGAGUGACCCCAUCACCUGCUACGUCCUGGAUGCAGUUCUGCUGCUUUACUGCAUCAUUUUCACUGCGCUCUACUUCAGGAUAAAAUUUUCAAGGCUACAGUCUGAUAACUCCGCACCAGCCGAGCCUCUCUAUGAGGGUCUGAAAACUGAUGAAAUUACGGAUGAGUAUCAAACACUGGAGCCUCAAAGUAGCCAGGCUACUGGGCCUGUUAGACGGAAUCGAGCACAGCAGGAGGAAGGCCAGUAUGAGCCACUGAGAUCACCAACGAAUGACGAAUACCAAGAGAUCAAAGCAAAAAGCAAGCCCCGCAAAAGCAAGAGCAAAACCAAAGAGUCCAGCGCUGAGAGCAGGAAGGAUGCAGCCGAGGCCAUCGAGAUGGAACCCAUUCCUCCUUUACCAUCACGGGCCUAAGCCAGUACACACAGCACCAAUCCAAUGCAACCCUUUUCACACAUUUCAUGCAUUGGAAAAAGUCAGAUAGGAUGCCAGGCAGUGUUGGUGAAGGUUUAUCUGUAAAGUCAUGUAACUUGUUAACAUAAUCACUUUACCAAGCAGUCAUCCAGGAUAUACAAAUCUAGCUCUCUCAUAAAGUGUACGAAUUUUAGUUGUAAGAAUAUGACUUAAAAUUUAAAACUACUCAGCUGGUCCAGAAGAUGGUGCUGCUGUUCAGAGACAAUGGCUC